GAAACUCCUUAUAAGCAAUUCCAUUACCAAUCCGCUUUAUCAUCAUUCAUCAUAUAGUGAAAUUGAAAUCAGCAACAAAAACACUUUUAUUAGACACGUGCAAUUAUUUUUCAUUGUGGUGAUUGACAAAUAAAUAAUUUUUUUUUUUUUUUUACUAAAUAAAUAUUAUUAUUUUUUUGUGAUAAACGAUUUAUUAAUAACAACAAAAAUUUUUGACAACAAAAGUUCUUCCAAAAAAGUGCAAGUGUAAAAAAAAGUUAAAUUAAAAAAUAAAAUUAAAUUCUUGAAAACAGGAAAAACAAAUUUUUUAUUUUGAGGAAAAGCAAUUUCUGCGAUUGAUUAGCAAAUUAAUGGUUUUGAAUUGAUUUCAAAAAAAAAAGGUAAAGAACUGUGAUAAAAAGAAAUAGGAAGCAAUUUAUAGUGAAGAGGAAAUUUGAUACUCAUGGAAAGAAGAGAAAAGAGGAUUUUAAAAGAUUGUAAAAUAUUUGUAAUUUAGAAAAAUUUUACUUUAUAAAAUACAAUGGAGAAACUAUGGAUUUUAUUAAUUUCAUUUGUCAGCAUUUCAUUAGUUAAUUGUGCUCCAUAUUCAAAUAUUAGCAAUUCUUCAGAUGAGUUUGAAAAUUCAUACGUUGGUAUACUUAUUUCGCCAAUUUUAUCACCGGAAAUUAGUAGAGAAAUUGAAAUUUAUUGGAGUCACACAAAAUAUCGUCCAGGUGAUAAAAUUGGACUUUAUAUUGAAAAGCCGCGUGAUGAUUUGGAACCAAUUUUCAUAAUGGAACCAAACAUUCCAGUUGGAAUUGCAAAAACAGGAGUACAAGCUGAUUUCAUUCCAUCUGUUAAACUCAAUUUCACUAAACAAUGUUUAAAAUAUCACGUUGCAUGGCUACGAACUGGAAUGGUGAGAAAGGAAAAUUGUCUGAAAACUGAACCAACAUGGAUGGCUGACAUGAGGUGUAUUUUGAAGAAUCAAAGAAUGAGAGAUAUUUUUUUGCCCGGCACACAUGAUACCUCAGCUUAUACAAAAACUGAUAUGUUAUUGCCCGAAACUCUAGUCACUAAAUAUGCAAUUACUCAGGAUGAGGAUGUUCUUGGUCAAUUGAUAUACGGAGCUCGAUAUCUGGACAUUCGAGUGGGCUACUAUGGUGCAGAGGAAAUUCAAUGGUGGGGAAGUCAUGGACUUGUUCCUGUGGUUCCACUGCAAACAGUCAUUGAUGACGUGAAAAUUUUUCUCGAUAAUACAGACGAGAUUGUUAUAUUCGAUGUACAAGAAUUUCCUGUUGGUUUUGGCAAGGAUUUUUCAGUUCAUCGAAAAUUAGUCGCCUUUUUGGAGGAUCAAUUUGCAGAUUAUAUAAUUCCAAAAUCAUUUAGCUGGUCCAGCACUCUAGAUACAAUUUGGUCUUCAGGGAAAAGACUUAUAAUUGGAUAUGAUGAGCAAAAUGUCGUUGGCAUGUAUGAUAAUUUAUGGCCAAGUGUACAUCAACAAUGGGGCAAUGUGCAAAAAGUUGAUGAAUUAUACGAAUAUUUAAAUAAAAUUGAAACCAAUGCUCUCAGUUCGUUGAAAGUGAAUCCAAGAUCUGCAAUGGCAGAAUUAACACCAAAAGCAUGGGAUAUUUUUCUCGAUAGACUGGGAGGACUUCGAAAAAUGGCAGAAGAAGUUGAUGCAAAAAUUACAAUCUGGUAUAAUACAAAAUGGCAAUUAUCGGCAAAUAUUGUCUCUGUAGAUUUCAUUAAAGCAACUGGAAUUGUUGAAGCUGCUUUAGAAUGGAAUAUAAGAAGAUUUAAUAACAGUUUUCCAAUAGAAUGUAAAGCAAACAAUUGAAAACUUAUUUUAUUGAUACGCAUAUAAUAUAGAUAAUUCAAAGUUAAUUUAUUUAAUCGUUAAGUUUAGAAAAUUAAUUUUAUCUCAAAAAAAAAUUUUGAAAUUUCAUAAAAAUAUAUAUCUUGGUUUAAAAUACUAACAAUUAUAUUAAAAAAAUGAUUAUUAAAAGUAUACAAUAAAAAUAAAUAGUAAUUUGUAUAUUUUAAAGAGAAAAAAGUAUUUUUAAAAAAUAAUUAAAUAUAAUAAAAUGUAUUUUAUGUAUUCACAUAAGGGUUCAUGGAAAAAAAAGAAC